AGCCGGUGCCGCUUCGACAUGACCGCAGCCGUUCUACUACUCAAACGCCUCUAGCAAGUACUGCCGCCUCCAGGGCCGGGUCACGUGGGAAGGAGGGGGGAAAGUACAACGCCGGAGCGCUUUACACCGCGAGCCACUCCCCCAGGGUAAUAUUAUCCAAGCGCUCCAGAGCCUACACUCACUUGUGCAUCCCACCCUUCCCUGUCUGCAGAAUCCAGACAUAGAGAGUCUAUAGGGUGUGCUAAAAGAGAUUGUUCCCACCAUGAAUCAUCUGUUUUACAUGGCCGAGGUCUUCACCAUUUGCGCAGUGCUCAGUGCGAGAUCAGAAAUCGUGAAACCGGUUGAGGAGGAACUUCUGGCAGAUACAAACAAAAAAGUCAAUGAGCUGUGGUUAAACUUUCUCAACAUGAAGCCGGUGGAUAACGAUGGCAUUGCCUAUGCAACCUGUAGUGUAAGUCCCAGCUCCAAACUGGAAUCAUCAGAGAUAAAAGUGAUGGGGCUUGUGCUGUUUAAGCAGGUUUUCCCUAGUGGCAGGCUGGAAGCCAUUUUUGAUUUAGAAGGGUUUCCAACUGAUGCCAAUCAGUCAACAAGAGCUAUUCACAUACACAAAUAUGGCGAUCUAACAGACGGGUGUGACUCUGCCGGUGGCCACUACAACCCUAAUUCUGUAGACCACCCACAUCAUCCUGGCGAUUUUGGCAAUUUCCGUGUCAGGGAUGGAAAGAUCCAAAAAUUUCUUGCAAAUCUUGAUGCCACGCUCUUUGGUCCAUCCUCUGUCAUCGGCAGAUCCAUUGUGGUCCACAAACAAGCGGAUGAUCUUGGCAAAGGCAACAAUCAGGCCAGUUUGGAAAAUGGAAAUGCAGGAAAACGUCUGGCUUGUUGCAUCAUUGGAUCCAGCAGUAAAAAUAACUGGGAAAAGUAUAUCCAAGACAGUGCAGCACCAAGGAGUCUCAGGUUUUCCAGACGGGUAAAAAAAGGUUAAUCGACAAUAAACGCCAAGAUUACAACUAUGUUGUGACUUGCCAGCCAAUAUAUCCUUUUUCCAUUGGAUCCGUCACCAACACCAUUUUAAAUAAACUCACUCCAUUACUGUUCACCAUAUGAACCUGUCGGGUCUACAUAAAUACCUAGACAGGGAGGGGCUCAGGUUGUUAAUACACCACAAAAGAGUCACUAUCACUAUUACUUAUCUUGGGUAAAAUGUAUCUGCUUAUAGAAUGACAUAUGUACUUGCUUUAAAAUAAAAAAUUGCCUUUACUGAUAAAAUAAAGCAUUUGAAUGGUUGUAUCAUUCAAAUAACACUGAA